GGAGCAGUAAAAAGGGCAAAUUAACAGAAAGGAAAGCAUAGUUUAUUUGCUUUGGGGCAGUCAAGAACUAAUUUUAAAACAUAUAACCGUGUAACUGAGUAUUCACCAUGGGUUUUUACAAAAUUGUUCUGCUAUUUUGCCUCAUCGUUACUUUAGCAACACGCUUCCCGGAAGCUGAGACUCGAGCUAUUUCAGAGGAAGAAUCCCUAAGUAAGUGUUACCUUCUUUGUCUCAUUAUGUUUUGCAGUUUUCCGUUUUAUACUUGUAAUUCUGCAUAAAAAUAUUUCGAAAGCAAAAUCCUCGGAGUAAGAAAAUAGGAUUAGGGGGGAAUCAAUGGAAUAGCCACGCUUUUUAUUUCUUCAAUUGGGAUUAUGAAACAACUACAAGUUCAAUCCAAAUUUACAGAUAGAACUUAAGGUUUUUCGGAUACCCGAGCUCGAGGAAAGUUUUCGCUUAGUAUUUCCGUAAUAUGUCUACUGGUAUUCUCUUUGUAUUUCCUGAUUCUGUAGUUUUCUGUUAUACUUCGAUCAUGUGAAAGACGAAAAACAGGCGUCUUCCACGAAGUGUACAUUUAAUACUGGGUUAUAGCGCCCAUCCCAGUUAAGUAACAUCACCGUCACCAUGACAUAAUCUUUUCUUUGAAUAAUUGGUUAAUCUAAUUUAAACUACCUCCCACUUAGGAGUAUCCAGAUAAGAAAAUAAAAGAAAACAAAGGGUUUAAUCUGCCUCGCAGCGCGGUGCGACCCAUGUCGAACGGAACUUGAGCACCCCUCGCGAUAACGACUAUACACCAGUUAAAAAAAUAUGACUGGUUUAUUAACCGACGGAUCCAACUACUGCCUUAUAUUUGGCACACACUCGGAAACUCUGAAAUGUCACGCGCUACGCAAUGCAUGCAUGCGCGGGAUUAGAUGCUGCCCAAAUGUCGCGCUCCUUGCUUCUCUCCUGCAUUUAUCUGCCAGUUUCGCCGAUGUGGACCUUCCCACUCUUAUAAGGAAUCCUGUAGACUACGCCAUCCUGUUUAGUCGGGUCCUACUAGGUGUGAUCGUGGCGUAGUCUCUGACUUGAAGACAGCGCGUAUGUUUUGUUGUUGUAAUCAGCGGUGAAGUUGUUGGGAGAGGACUUUGAGCAUACUCAAUCGACCCUAUAGCCUGAAGAAGACUAGCAGCGUGCACUUAAAUCGUUGCGAUCCAAAUCGGACGUGACCUUAUCGUAACACAAAAGAUUAUAUUUCUCUUUUGAAAGUGUUGUUUUAGUCCUCUUAGGACUGUUUCGGUGUGUUAUUAUACUUAUUGUAGAAGUAGAAGAGCCGGAUGGGAAGAUAUUUGGCCCGAGGUCAUGGCGUACAGCGAAUAGCGAAUAGAGUAAGAAUAGUCUCCUUGCGUGUGUAUUAUGAUAACCCCUUAUCUCUUGAUAACCAUGAUUAUAGCCAGAAAAACCUCUACAUAAACAAUUUAUAAUAAGUAUAAUUAUACGUUUUCGUGGGAUUUCUUGGGGGGUGGAUCCAACCCUCACUGGUCAGCAUAAAAUCAAUUUUUUUUGCAAAUUUUAUUUGCAGUCGAACCAGAUGAUGCUCAUUUAUCAGAUGAACGCCGAGCUGUCCCAGGUUAGUUGGUCUUUAACUUAACAACAUAUCACGAAAGGUGUAAAUCAAGGUGUUUGGAAACGAUUUUGUGCUUUUUAACAAGGUCAAAUAAAUUAAGGCUUAACGAGGAGAUGACUGUUCAGUUUACACUGAUUUGAUUAUUUUAGAGCUUAAUAAACCUUAUCCAUCCCAAAUGCUGAUGGCCUUUUGUAGUUCGCACAAAAUUCAAGAGGUUUUAAGCUCUAUCUUAAGGAAGAUCAAGGGUUCAAGAUAAAUAACAAUCAAGAAGCAAUCCGAGUACUGUCAUACUAUCUACACUGCGACAACAAAGCAAGAGUGCAAAAAUUCCAUUUUUCAAAAAAUUUUUGCGAUAUUAUUUCUCUCAUAGUCGUUAUAUUGUUAUUUACCAGCUGAUUCAAAACAUCAUUUCUGAAUACGUCCUUAUCUCAAAUUGAAAUCAGCAUAUACACCGUGGAACUGAAGCCAUAUCUAGUUUUGCAUAGCUGAACGAUGUUUUAUUAUUGUAUGUUCUGCAGCCUGUUGUGCUUUUCAUUGUUUUAGAGUGAAAUUUUUUUCAGGAAAUGAGGAAAUGAAAUAAUUUGUAGCUUUGACACACUCACAAUAUAUUGAUACAUGUAGCUGAAAAAUUUGUGCUUUGACAAGGAUUUUAUUUUCCUUUCUUUUUCAAAUGCUAUAGACACUCGUUAUACAGUGUCGUACUCUUGAAUGAUAUCACAGUUAAUUAUAUAUGUGUGUGUAUAUAUAUAUAUAGAAAGUCUGUGUAUUGAUUUUUCCGGGGUGUUUUACAGGGCUCGAUACGUAGAAGUAGAGCGCGAUAUAUAUAUAUAUAUAUAUAUAUAUAGAUAUAUAAGAUAAAAAACGCGCCGAGUGCACUGUUGAGUUCUAUAAGCACUUGGGAAUUUUAAGAACACGAGCGAAGUGCGGAGAAGCACGAGCCGAAGGUGUGUGCUUUUUGUGCUUCUCGAGUGUCCUAAAUUCCCAAGUGCUUAUAUAACUCAACAAUGCUCGAGGAACAAGUUUUUUUAUUUCCUUUAUAAAAUGUAUCGUGAAUUGCGCGCGCCCAUACCGAUGACGUGGGCUGCGUGCAUUAUAUCUCAACAGUGCACUCAUGUGACGUAAGGCACGUGCUUAAUGGAAAUAUAAUGAACUCAUUCUGACCAAUCACGGCGCGCGUAUUUCUCUGAACACUUUAUAAAUAUAAAUAUGUUGAGAAAUCAAAUAAAAAAGAAUCUUCAAAAGGUUUAGUCUAAGAGAAUAGAGGAACUCAAGCGUUUAUCCACGUAAACAGCAGUCCCUCCUUUUCGGCGAAGUCCGGCGCGCGGGUCAAUAAACCGGAAAAAGAUUGAUGUCAGUCGCCGCGCAGAACUCUGGGAAUGAGGUGUAGGAAAAGUAGGGCGUCUUGUUCAAAGAUUUCCGUGGAAUGCGCUUUAAUUUAUUUUUGCUGAUUUUUUUCACUCGCGCGGCAAACUUCGCCACUUAUACCCCACUCGACGUGAGCAGUAAAAGAAAACUAUAUAAUUUUUAGUUAUCCGAUAAUUGUGUAUGCAGCAGUUUGGUCUUGAAGCGAAAGUGUUUUUGAGCGGCUGAAAUCCAUUGAAUUCAGUUACAAUGAUUCUGCCCUCUUCGUGAUGAUAAAGAGUCAGUAUUAACCCACUUCAAAGUUUUUUCUUGAUUUACUGAAUCCUAAUUGAUCCUGAAUUUUGUUUAAGGUUGCCAUGACGAAUUUUCGCCAACUUUUUGCGAAAGAUUCAAAAAAUUUUGCUCAGCCUAUGGUACUAAUGGCUUCCUAAUGAGAACCAAAUGCUACUUCUCUUGUGGCUGUGUGAGGUAACGUAAUUAUACCAAGAGAUUAUAAACUGUUGAACUAUACGAAGAUCAAUGCUUUGUGUGCCCACAUCUCACUCCUCGGCCCACAUUCCCCCUCUCCUACGAUGUGAUUUCGCAGAGGAGAAAGCUGGAACUACCUGGUUACUAUUGGUUGGUUUAAUGUGCUGUCUAUUAUCUGGUCUAUUCCUUUUACAUGAUACAGCCGGGCAACUCUGGAAAAUUCUGAUUCGUUUUCAUAGGCAGCCUAAGGAGGUUAGCUUGAUGUUAGCCUUAUAUACCCACUCUCUUUCGUCCUCAAUACAAACUGCGCGUGUUAUGCUUUAAAUUUUAAUUAUGUACCCUACCCUGCGUGGGCAAAACAUCGAUGCAAAUGUUAGCUUAGAAACUGUUAAAGUCGUGUGUUUUAUACCCUCUGAAGCCUUAUUUUUCUUCCAUAAAUUUCCAAAUAUUCACUCUUGAAUGACUAGAAAUUUUAAGAGGAAAUAUGUUUAAACUAAACAAUUUUUUCCUUCUUGCAGAAACAUCUGAAAUGGACUCUAAAUUUCUUCCUAAAAGAGAGAUACCUCUCCUAAAUGUGAAAAUGAAAUAAAGAGC